CAUGUGUUUGUUUGAGAUCCUCAAGGGCAAAACCAAAUAGUGCAGACCGGAGAGGAGAGAGGAGAUGAUGAUGAUGAUGGCCAAAACAUGUGUCUCUGCAUCAAACUCACCACUUCUCAUUCGAUCCAUGGCUACCCAGAAGCCAAUCCCCUCAGCCACAACAACUGUUAGCUCCAAAAAGAGUGGAACAGUGUUCCCAGUGGGAGAGAAAGUUAGCAACUCAACGGGAACAGGAACAGCAACACCAGCAGUGAAGCUACUCACAAGGGUGGAGCAGCUGAGGCUGCUAACCAAGGCAGAGAAAGCAGGGCUACUAUCGGCGGCCGAGAAAUUCGGGUUCUCCCUAUCGGCCAUUGAGAAACUUGGGGUGCUAUCCAAGGCAGAAGAGCUGGGAAUUCUAUCAGCAGCUACUGACCCUGGAACCCCUUCAGGUCUCUUCACUCUCAGCCUGGGAUUGCUAGCUUUGGGCCCUGUUUGUGUGUAUUUUGUGCCUGAGGAAUACCCUUGGCAGAUAGGUGUCCAGGUUUUGGUAGCUUUCAUCUCUGUUCUUGGUGGCUCUGCAGCCUUUGCUGCAUCAAAUCUUGUAUCCAAUUUGCAGAAAUCAAGUUGAGCUAAUUUGGUGUAAACAUUGUUGGUAAUAAAUGUAGAAAGAUUAUGAAUAUGCAGUUUGCAGCUGGCUUCGUAUGUAACUGUUGGAUCUCUAA